CCUCUUUUUUUGCAGUCCUGCGCCACGCUUCCUUACCCCUACCCCUCGCCGAGCAAACAUCCGGUCCCUCGUCGUCGCUGCCGACCUCGCCCGCGCCGCCGCCGAGUUGCGGUCGAUAAAUAAAGGGGAGGUUAACGCGCUACCCGUCGCGAGCUCGGGUAGCGCGCGACUGCUCUCCCAAUCGUCGUCGCCGCCGCCAUCGCGCGCCCAUCCUACGCCGCCACCGCCCCUCUUUCACCACCGGCGGCAGGCGGCUCUCGCCGCCGCCGCCGCCGCCGCCUCGAGGCCGUCCUCCCCUAGUCGCAGCUCCGGCGCCGACCUCGCCGCCUCGCCGCCCCGCCUCGGUCCACCGCCGUGUCACGGACACGGCUCCCCGGAAAGCCCAGCCUUUGCCUGCGACGAGCAUCUGUCAGCUCCACAGUGCCAGGGGAGAUGGAGGACACCUUGGCUAGUAUAAGGAAGAAGUUGAAGAAGCGGAAGAAAGGCAAGGAGAGUAAUGACUUUGGUGCAGUGGCUGAAUGUGGACCUGAGGUUCCGACAUUGGUUCAACAGGAAGAUGUACAGGGUGUUGUUGAUAUAGGUGAUGCUGAUGCUGAUGAGAAGAGCAAUUUAGAUGUCGUGAAACUGGAGGGGCGUGAUGUUUCUGGGAAUUGUGCUCAGGGUUUGGAUAAUCUGGGGUUGAAAGACUCCUUGUCAGUGCUGUUUGCAAGAUCUGGUCGGAAGUCACGGCAGGUCUCAGAGGAGGCAGAAGGCAUGGAAGUUUCUUGUUUGCAUGAUGGGGAUGGUCUUAACAAGGGAUCUGGUUUGGCCCCAGACACGGCUUCCAAGGGCACUAAAAGGAGAAGGCGGCGGACAAAGGAAGAGAUGAAGAAUGCUUGUGUACAGGAUCGGAAAGCCUCAUUGCCUCGGAAAGCAAAGGCGAAGGCAAAUGGUAGCGAGUCCACUAGACACUAUAAGGUUGGUGCUUGUCCUGGGCAAGCUUUGGGAGGAUUGUCUUCUGUUUUUAAUGAACUUGAAGAGAAUGCUGCAGAUGAUGGAUUAUUUCACCGAUCAUCAGCUGAAGAGCUUCUACGAGAUGUGGAAGCCACCAAAGUACUAAAUGAUGGAUCAAUAAACUCUUUCAAUGGGGUCACUGAUCACUUUGAAAUCUCAGCUUGGGCAAGCAAUCACCCUGGGCUGGAAUCUUAUUCAGGAAAUCUUGAUGAAAAAACAUCUUGCACAGCAGCAAAUGCAACCAACGUUGGCGUUUCUGAUGCACACACAUGUUCCCAAACGCUAGGGAAGGAAAGCAGUGAUGAUGUUGAUUGUUCUCAAGGCAAGUCACCAACAUCAACCAUAAAAAGGAAAACUGCUCUAAAACCAAAACAGGUGCCUGGGAAAUCUGUUCGACGAAAAGAGGCAGUAUUAUCUGUUGAUGCUGAUAAUAAACCAACUGAGACUACAGAAAUUAUUGAAGCAAAUACUACUAUGGUUAUUGAGGAAAAUUUGGAUCAGCUGCCUGUUAUGGGGCCCAAGGAUUCUUGUUCUUCGCAUGACAUUGUAGGAAAUAAUCCUGUGUGUCUAGGUGCAGACAUGGCAGCACCUGUGAAAGAUGUGGAUAUAGUUGAUGUGGCAGCACCACUAGAUUAUGAAGACAAGGAGAAUGCAUGUGCAUCAAAGGUGAAACUGAAGCGUGUCACACGAGGCUCCAAAAAACGCAAACAUGGUGACAUGGCAUAUGAGGGCGAUGUUGACUGGGAAACUCUAAUGCAAGAGCAGGGGCUGUUCUCAAAUCCCUCAGCAGGUUUUCCAGAUCAGUCAAUAAAAACAAAAGAUCAAAUUAAAACUUCAGAAGUUUAUGAGGGUGGAGGAGAUACUGGUGUUGCCGCAGUACGUGCUGGCCUAAAGGCAAAGACUAUUACACCGAUUGAGAAGAUAAAGUUCAAGGAAGUUUUGAAGCGCAAGGGUGGCCUUCAGGAGUACCUAGAGUGCAGGAACAUGAUACUAAGUCGCUGGAGCAAGGAUGUUAAACAUUUAUUGGAUCUUGCAGACUGUGGUGUUUCAGAUGUUCCUUUGAAAGAUGAGUUGCCGCAUCAAGCACUUACUCGUGAUGUGUUUUUAUUCUUAGACCAAUAUGGCUACAUAAAUGCUGGAAUUGCGUCAGAUAAGGUGGCAAAGGGGCACGAUGACACUCUGUAUGAGGUUGUUGAAGUACCCAAGCUAAAUGAAUCACAUCAAAUGGAAUCAGUCAGCAUUCAAAAUAGCAUUGUCUCUGUAUCACAAAAGAAUGAGGAUUUUGAGUGUGGAACAAGCAUUGAAUGCUGCAGAACUGUAAGUGUUAAAAACACUGAAUGUGCUCUGGUAGAAGCAUCAAAUGAAAAGAAUUGCCCCACUGUUCACUGUGGUGCUCUGAAGUUACUACCUCACUUGAAGUCUGAUGAACAUCUGACGGAAAAAAAUAAUCUAGACAUGUCAACUGAAGUUAGAAAUGCAUCACUGCCAUCCAGCAAUUUGGAUAUCCAACGUACGUUAUAUCUGGAUAGUUCUGUUGGAAAAGUUGAAGUCCCUCAUCAACAAGAAGCACGUGAAAUUGAAAAUAGUGGAAACAACUGUCAAAGUGACAGGGUUGAAUUUGCUGUUCGUGGCAAAAGAAUAAUCAUUGUGGGAGCGGGCCCUGCUGGUUUAACUGCUGCUCGCCAUUUGCAACGUCAAGGUUUUUCAGUCACUGUUCUUGAGGCACGAGAAAGGAUUGGCGGCCGUGUUUAUACAGAUCGCACAUCACUUUCGGUUCCUGUAGAUUUGGGUGCUAGCAUUAUUACAGGGGUGGAGGCUGAUAUAGCUACUGAAAGACGGGCUGAUCCAUCCUCUUUGAUUUGUUCUCAGCUUGGUCUUGAACUUACUACGUUGAAUAGUGCUUGCCCUCUGUAUGAUGUAGUAACUGGUGACAAGGUUCCUGAUUCUGUGGAUGAAGAUUUAGAAGCCGAAUACAAUGGCCUUCUUGAAGAGCUGGCGCUGCUUUUUGCGCAAAAUGGUGACAGUGCAAUUGGUUUAUCCCUGGAGGAUGGACUGGAGUAUGCUCUCAGGAAGCAUCGUGCAACUCAACCUAUGGAUUCUGUGGAGCAGGAUGGCCACUUGAGAUUUAUGACAAAUUCUGGAGCUGUAGACAUUUCCGUAAGUGCUUCAACAGGAAAGGAUAUAGAUCAUUGUGGAAAGAAUGAUAAGAUAGAUGUCCUCAGCCCUAUUGAGAGAAGGCUUAUGAAUUGGCACUUUGCACAUUUAGAGUAUGGUUGUGCUGCAACGCUGAAAUCUUUAUCCCUUCCAUACUGGAACCAGGAUGAUGUAUAUGGAGGAUUCGGAGGUGCUCAUUGCAUGAUCAAAGGUGGCUAUGACACUGUUCUACGGAAUCUUGCUAAAGGACUUGAUAUUAGGUUAAACCAUGUUGUAACUGAAGUACUGUAUGGACCUGAGGAGUUAGGUGCUAGCUGUAAGGAUGGGAGAUAUGUCAAGGUUUCCACUUCAACUGGAAGUGAAUUUACUGGAGAUGCUGUGUUAAUAACUGUUCCUCUUGGUUGCUUGAAAGCAGAGACAAUUAAAUUUUCACCUUCCUUGCCAGACUGGAAAGUAUCUUCUAUAAACCGGCUUGGGUUUGGUCUUCUAAACAAGAUAGUAUUGGAGUUCCCUGAGGUAUUUUGGGAUGAUAAUGUGGAUUACUUUGGUGCAACUGCAGAAGAAACAGAUUUAAGAGGACAGUGUUUUAUGUUUUGGAAUCUCAGAAAGACAGUUGGGGCUCCAGUUCUGAUAGCUCUACUUGUUGGGAAGGCUGCUAUAGAUGGACAAAGCAUCAGUUCUGGCGAUCAUGUUAACAAUGCUAUGGUGGUUCUCCGAAAGCUUUUUAGGAAUGCUUCUGUACCAGAUCCAGUUGCAUCCGUUGUGACAAAUUGGGGACUUGAUCCCUUUAGUAGAGGUGCUUACUCUUAUGUUGCAGUUGGAGCAUCAGGGCGAGAUUAUGAUAUUCUUGGAAGGCCAGUUGAAAAUUGCUUAUUCUUUGCGGGUGAAGCAACAUGCAAAGAGCAUCCAGAUACUGUUGGUGGUGCAAUUUUGAGUGGUUUGCGAGAAGCUGUUCGCAUCAUUGACUUACUGAACACUGGCAAUGACUAUAUUGCUGAGGUGGAAGCGCUACAGACUUACCAAAUGCAGUCAGACAGUGAAAGAAAUGAAGUUAGGGACAUGUCAAAUAGACUUGAAGCAUGUGAACUUUCUACUGCUCUAAGUAAGAACUCAUCUGAUGCAAUGUAUCCAAUUGUUAGCAAGGAAUCUUUGCUGCAAGAAAUGUUCUUCAGUGCAAAGACAACAUCAGGGCGCCUACAUUUGGCUAAGGAGUUAUUGAAGCUUCCUACAGAUGUUCUUAAAUCAUUUGCUGGGUCUAAAGAAGGAUUACAUACGCUAAACUCUUGGAUACUUGAUUCACUUGGGAAAAAUGCUACUCAACUACUGCGGCACUGUGUGCGUUUGCUUGUGCUUGUUUCCACUGAUCUGGUAGCUGUACGUUUAUCAGGAAUUGGGAAGACUGUAAAGGAAAAGGUUUGUGUGCACACAAGCCGAGAUAUUCGUGCUAUAGCUCGGCAGUUGGUCAGUGUGUGGAUUGAAGUUUUUCGUAGAGAAAAGGAUAGAAAUGGUGGACUCAAAUUGCUGCGUCGAAUACCAUCAAUUGAAUUGAGUAAGACCAAGAGUAAGGAUCUGCAAUCAGUAAAGCCUGCCUUACGUGUGCCAAAUGAAACUUUGGACAAUAAUAAAGUAGUUUCCCAGCGCCAGCGUACAAGAUUCGCAAGUAGUCAGUCACCGCCAAAGACAAACAAGAAGUAUGAGAACAAGGAAAUGAAAUUGGAAACUGUGACAGCUGCUUUGUCUGAUGGCAAGUUGCUUUCCCAAAAGCAACAACAUGGUAUUGAAUCUAAGGUGGAGUGUGGCAUUCCUAUGUCCGAGGAAGAAGCUGCUGCAUUUGCUGCUGCCGAGGCUGCUCGAGUUGCUGCCAUAGCAGCUGCACAGGCAUAUGCAUCUGUAGAGGCAGAGAUAAGUGUGCCUCGUGAGCUUCCAGAGAUACCAUCGUUCGAAUCUUUUGUGAUUCGUGAUCACCAUUUGGACGAACCCAAUACAAGAAAAAGAGCAUUGAAGGAUAAUUUUGGGAGACUUGAGUGCAUAUCAGAAAAUGAUUCCAAGAAUGUCAAAACUAAGGAUUUGCCUGACAACACCAACUGCGCUGAUGCUGACAGCUUGAAAAUUUCUCAUGAUAAUUGUACUCAGCAGAACCACUCAAAUGAGACAGCUUGCCUAGCAAACACUGAUACUGGUGUUGUAUACGGUCGGUUUACGAGGGCAUGGGUGGAUACUGAUACAAUCUGCAUUGAUGGUGUCAAGGAUCCUCUAGCCAUUGAGAGGUGGCAGGCACAGGCAAUGGAAGCUGAUAAAGAAUUCUACAGUCGGAUACGCAUACCUGAUGAAGAUGAUUCAUGUAGUCAGAAGCAGACAUGCCGUAGUUCAGCCUCACAGGGUGCCGAUAGCAAACCUGCAUCUGAGCGGCAAUCAAGAGGUGUGGAGCAUAUAAAACAGGGUCUCGUGAAUUUUAUAGCCUCACUGCUGAUGCCAUUAUAUAGAGGAAAAAAGAUCGACCGAGAAGGGUACAAAUCAAUCAUGCGCAAAUCUGUUAACAAGAUCAUUGAUACAUGCUCAGAAGGAGAGAAAUCGAUGACUACUCUUGAGUUUCUUGAUGCUAAAAGGAAAAUUAAGAUUGAAUCCUUUGUGAACAAAAUGGUUGACAAGCAUUUGCAUGUUGUUAGCAAGUCUGCCAAACCUUAAGAUUCACAUGUGUAGUGAGGUGUUUUGUGCAAAGGAAUCUACUCUAAAACACCAAGCUAUCAAUCAGUGAUUGUUGAUCCAAGUGAACUAAAACCUCACUUCAGAAGCCAGUGUGGCUCAUCAGUGUUGCCUCAAGAUCAGCAAGGGCACCUAUUACCCAGACUAUAAGCGUGGUCCAGAAGAGCAUUGACCAGAUCAACACCAUGUAAUUCUGUACUUAGAUAGGCAUCAUUUCCAUCAUCAUAACUAUAGGUCAGUCAAAGGUUUAGACCUCUGUGCACUCGACAAGCAUGUUGUGCAUGCAGUAAGCUUGGAUGCCAAGUUAAGUUUCUGUGGCUUGAUGAAGUGGCAUAUGAAGAUCCUGGAUUCAGCGUGGUCUCAUAUGCAAUGAGGGCUUUUGCGCCUUUCAUGGCGGUAGUUGAGUCUAGCCUAGCGGAUUAAUCCUGUUCGUUGUUCAGAGUUAACUUCGCCAAAGUAGAUCCUCUUCUCUCUUUGUUGUACAGUUUUGCAGUUUCUAACAAGCGUUUAACUUAUAGAAAGGCUGCAGUUUGGCAGAGAUUUGCAGCCCUUUGUAUAUCCUUGGUUGCUUAUAAUGAGCCCCCUUGAUGAUUCUCGAAUGCUAAAUGAUUGCCCCCUAAAAUGAUGUUUUGCCCCGAAGUUC